GUUUGGUAAUUUUCAGAUCAUCAGAAUCGGUCACACUGGCCAGACCUGGCACCGAUAGUUUUAACUAUAAAUUUCGGGUUGUGUUCUUUUUUUUCGUUCGUUACAUAUAGCACGCUAAAACAAAUACCCAAAAGCUAGAGCCCCGACCGCAUACCAAAAUGCUAUCGCUGCAGAACCAACGGCAACCGAAGACCACUCCCCUGGUGGACGACUACGAGAUCUCGGACACGGUUCUGGGCCUUGGAAUCAACGGCAAGGUCGUCCAGUGCACCAAUCGUCGCACCAAACAGAACUACGCCCUCAAGGUGCUGCUGGACAACGAGAAGGCCCGCCGCGAAGUGGAUCUCCAUUGGCGGGUGAGCGGAUGCCGGCACAUCGUCAACAUCAUUGAUGUCUUCGAGAAUACGUACAGCGGUCGGAAGUGCCUGCUGGUUGUGAUGGAGUGCAUGGAGGGUGGGGAACUGUUCCAACGGAUCCAGGACAAAGCGGAUGGUGCGUUUACGGAACGGGAAGCGGCACAGAUCAUGCACGAGAUAUGUGAGGCGAUAGACUAUCUGCAUAGUCGGGAUAUCGCGCACCGGGACCUGAAGCCGGAGAACUUGCUGUACACCACCUCCCAGCCGAAUGCCAUUCUCAAGCUGACGGAUUUCGGUUUCGCCAAGGAGACCUUAACCAACGACACCACCCUGCAGACGCCCUGCUACACGCCCUACUAUGUUGCACCCGAAGUGCUUGGUCCGGAGAAGUACGAUAAGAGCUGUGACAUCUGGUCCCUGGGCGUCGUCAUGUACAUCAUUAUGUGCGGUUUCCCGCCGUUCUACAGCAAUCACGGCCUGGCCAUAUCGCCCGGCAUGAAGAAACGCAUCCGCACCGGCCAAUACGAUUUCCCCGAUCCAGAAUGGACGAAUGUUAGCCAGUCGGCCAAGGAUCUGAUCAAGGGCAUGCUGAAUGUUGAUCCCAGCAAGCGGCUGCGCAUCCAGGACGUUAUGCGCAACUCGUGGAUAGCCCAGUUCAAUGCUGUGCCCCAGACGCCGCUCUGCACCGGCCGGAUGUUGAAGGAGAGCGGUGAGACAUGGCCGGAAGUACAGGAAGAGAUGACCCGCUCACUGGCCACAAUGAGAGUGGACUAUGAUCAGAUGCAAAUUAAAGCUCUGGACAAGUCAAAUAAUCCUCUGCUAACGAAGCGUAGGAAAAAAAUUGAGGAAAUGGAACUAUAUAUGGCCAAUGCAACACGAAACUAAAACCAGAACAAUAACAAAGAAAACAAGAGAAGAGAACAGCUAAAAAAUAAUACCUACAUAUAUGGCCAAUUGGGAGAUAAGGACAUAAUGUCGGGCCAGUUGGGCCGUCUUAACAAUUAAGCGGAAAACUACUACGACGACAGCAGAGAAAUGCUGAUACUACUACUAUUACUAUAACUAUAACGAAAAACCUCUUAAAAACCAACUGCUCCAUGUUUUAUGUUACAUUUUCCUUUUUUUUUUUUAAUAAUUGUCCAUUAUCUGUAUGUAUAAUCCAUUUCCAGUAAAGAAAACAAACGGUUCUUAGGGUAUUUUGUAGUCUGAAAAGUGCUCUUUUUUUUAAAAAAAAGAAACUAAAUUUUAAAGUAUAUGUGAAAAAAAGUGUAUACAAAAAAAAAAAAAGCAGAAUCGAGAUAAAAAGCCAAGAGCAAGCUUAGCUUAGCCAGAAGAAUUUCUUUUUAAAAUGUCUCGUCGUUCUGGUUUCAGAUUUUUUCUAAAAAAAAAACGUAAUUUUUGUAACUUUGUAAUUCAUAUACAUAUAUAUUUUUUUUUUAUUCAUUGUGUAUGUUUGAUUAUAAUUAUAUAUAAUAUAUAAUAUAUGUAUGUAUAUUCCGUGUGUGUAUAUGUAUGUAUGAUGAGAAAAGAACAACAACAACACUAAAAACUAAUAAAAAAAAAAGAAUUAUAAUUACAAGCAUUAUUAAAGUUUAGCAUUAAAGUGCGAAAUUCAGUGUUGGUUAUAAAUAAAUAAUAAAUUUAAUAAACUUGAUUUGCUGACUCUGCAAGCGAUAUACCAUUUUACCGUAUAGCGUAUUUGUAGUCCCAUAAACUUAAAAACAUAAAUAAAAUAAAAAACAAGCCCCCAUACAUAUAUAAAUAAAAACAACAAAUCAUGCUUAUUUUAUUAUGAUUAAAUUCGACAUAAAAAAGUCUA